AUGAGGGUAUUAAAAAGUGCAGACAAAAAGAGAAAUGCAGAGAACAUAAACUUGAUUCAAUAGAUUUGUGAGAUUGAUUAGCUAUGCAAAAGCAAGCAAUAGUAACUUUAUAUGAACACUAUGCAGUCUCAAAUAGCGACAAAAGUCAACUUUUCUAAAAAAAAAUCAGCAAAUUAAUCUCCAUUCACACUAAUACAAGGAAUAAAUAUUCCUAAUUAGCAUGGAUUUUUGGCAUAAAAAAGGAUUUUACAAAAUAAUAAAAAUGCUACCAAUUAAACUAUAUACAGCUAAAGCGCUCAAAAAUCUAAUAGCAACUAAAAUACUGAAUAAAGAAUUAUGAAUACAUAAUAAGAUUUAGCUGUGACUGAAAACAAUUUUCUUACUUAAUCUUAAAUUUUAAAAAGUAUGGAAGAUGAAAAUUAAAUAAGCAUAACACCUUUUGUCCCUAAUAAUUAUACAAGUCAAGAAGAUAAUGAAGGCAUGAAUUCAUAUAAUUUGAUUCACCAUUUCGAUAGUAGACCAUAAACCAGCAGUAGCAGUAACACUAACACUACUAACUACACCUAAAAAAAUGAUACAGCAGUUCAUAUGUCAACAUACUCAUAAGAAAUGCCACAUUACAAUAUUGUUACUUAAAUUCCUGAAGAUGAUUAAAAUAAUCUAAAUAAUAAUAGUAAUACUCUUUCUGCUAGUGUUAUUGACAUAAAUAAUUGCUUUUAAGAUUGUUCUAAGUAAAUGUCUUACUCUACAAACUAGAAGUCUACAGUGGGCUAAAAUUCAUUCAGAGCAGGAAAAAAUCAAUCUGAGACUUAGGAAAAAAUCAAAAAAUUGAGAAUGAGGAGCCACUAAUCCGCGAUGAGAGGAACAAAUACAAGCAGCUCUAAGAAGGGAAGUUAGAUUUAAAAUGCUAGUGGAAAUAACAAUUUUGUAAAGCUAUUGAAAAUGUCUGAAGAAGAAGUUAAGCAAAAGAGUAAAUAAGCAAUAGAAUCUAUUAAAAGUAAGUUAGCAAUUAAUUCUGAAAAUGAUUGUGUGUUAGUUUUAAAGACACAACCUCAUGUUUAUCAGGAUGAAGAUUAUCUUAACAAUUUAAGUGUUUAUUAGCCUAAUUAAACUAAUUGCAAUUUCCUAAGUAGAAAGAAGAAUUCUUGUAUCUUGAAUGAUUCUUCUUUACCUUUUAAGCCAAUAUCUCAAAAUAAUAUGAUGAGUAAAACAUCAAAUUAGUUUAUGAAUAACACACAUACUCAUGGAUUUUCUGGUAGUGUAGAAAAACCAGCUUUUUCAAUGGGCGGAGUUGAUAAUAAUAAAAAAAGCAUAAAUUAAAAUAUUUCAUCUUUAUGUAUCACUCCAAAUAAAUCUUACAAAGGAAAAUCCUACAGUAAGCAGUUGAAUAGAUCUAUAGAUAAUGAAAAUGGCUUAAAAUUUGACUAGAGAGGAAAUAGAAUAAAUGAUGAAAACAGAAAUAAUCUGUACAAGCGAAUGUAAAACUACAAUACAUUUAUGAGAGGAAAAUUUGCAUUUCACAAAUUAAAUAAACAGAAAAAAGAACUUUGCAACAUUAGCAAUGUACUCUACAAUAGCCUUCUUGAAAAUUAUGAAGUUGAGGGAAUGCUCAAGUCAUUUAAUCCUUCAUUGCAAAAUACUUAGCCAAAAAAAAGAAUAUACGACGCAGAUGAUGACAAUGAAAAUGAUUCCCCAGAUUUCAAUCAUAUGAAAAAAUAUUACAACAAAAAGUAUGGGCUUAAGCUUUAGCAAAUCGAAAAUGAGAAAAUUGAAAAUUAGACUGGUAAAAAUCGUUCUUUCCACACAAAUACUCAUACUCCUAUCAAGAGAAACAAACAACUUAAAAUAAUAAGAGCAAACGAGAUAAGCAACACCUCACAGAGUAAUUCAACAAAUCAAUACGAAAAAUAUUACAGCUAAUCAGCUACAGUAAAUGAAGAAAAUAAAUUCUCAAAAAUCUAUACAGAAAACCUUUUAAACUAGUCUUGCACUGAUUUCCUAAAUAUUUGCAAUUUAAAUGAUUUUUCAUAGAUGCAAUAAGAACACAUUUAAGACUUAGACAACGACAACACUUCAUCUACUUAGAAUUCUAAAAAACAGCAAAAUAUGACAAGCAGCUAUAAUCUUUAAAACUUUAGCUAAUUUAGUUCUUCUGUCAUCAACUAGUGCUAGUAAGCGAAGAGAUAUAUAAGCGUGGGAAAUAAGUAAAAAAAGAAAAAUGACAUAGAUUUAGUACCUUGGGAAAAUGAUUACAAUACAAAAGUAUGA